GGGGAGAUCAGCGGGAGGCAGUCCGGUUUGAGCCACCGCCCGGGUGACGUGGCACCCACCCGCCUUGUCCGCCGCCACGUCGGCGUCAGCCCGCUUCUCAGCCUACCCCGGGCAUCUGCAGCGGAGGCCGCGGGACUCCCUAAAACCACUGUCACCGAGGGUUCUCCAGAGUCACAGAACUCGUGGGUAGUCUCUAUAUAGUAAGGGAAUUUGUUGAUGACUUACAGUCUGUAGUCCAACUCCCAACAAUGGUCAGCAGCAGCUGUGAAUGAAAGUCAAAGGAUCUAGCAGUUGCUCAGUCCCACAAAGCAAGCAGGCAAAGAAGAGAGUGAAUCUUCCUUCUUCCAAUGUCCUUAUGAGACCUGGAGCUGUGGUGUAUGGUUUGCUAGGACUUCACUUAAAGAGUGGAACCCGCUCUAAAAACAGAAAAUGCCCAAGUUCAAGGUAAUAAUCGAGGAGACUCCUGAAUUUGCUAAGAGGGAACUAACUGGAAAUCACAAAUGCCAUUGUAAAACCAUAGCACCGAAAGUCAGAAGGAAGAAGAGAUAUUUCGUUGAAACAAAAUACGGGUGACUGUGGCUUAGGAAUGCAGACUCAAGAUAUCUCAAAUGACGUGUUCCAAUUUGGCAACAGUUUUUGAAUGACAGAGCGAGUCAUAAGCCAAGGGACCCAUAACAUUAAAGGAUGUGGCUGUGGAAUUCUCCAAGGCAGAAUGGAAGCUCCUGAGCCCUGAUCAGAAGUCCCUUUACAAAAAUGUAAUGCUGGAGACCUUCAGUAACCUGUUCUCUGUGGGUUAUCGUGUGGUUAAGCCAAGUGUGAUCUCCAAAUUGAAGAAAGGAAAAGAGCCAUGGCCACUAGAAGAAUUUUUUCGUCAGAGUCGUGGUGGCAAGCGGCGGACCACUCAGGACAACUCCAGAGCCAAACAUCAGGAGCAACAGGCUGGAAAUGCAAGGAAAGGAGAACUCACAAAGCAUCAGAAAACUCCCACCCAGCAUGAAAGCUACGACUGUAGUCAAUGUGGAAAGUCCUUCUGUCAGAAGUCCUCCCUGCUAGCGCACCAGGAAACACACACCAAGAAGUCCUAUAAGUGUGAGAAAUGUGGACAAGCUUUCUAUAAAAGUGAAGAACUCACAAUCCAUCAGAAAGUUCACACCAGAGACAAAACCUACCCAUGUAAAGAAUGUAACAAAAUUUUCUAUCACCUGUCAUCUCUCACUAGACAUCUGAGAAUCCAUGCUGGGGAGAAACCCUAUGAAUGUAGCCAGUGUGAUAAAUCAUUCUACCAGAAGCCACACCUCACGGAACACCAGAAAACACACACAGGGGAGAAACCUUUUGAGUGUAAGGAAUGUGGGAAGUUCUUCUAUGUGAAGGCAUACCUCCUGGUGCAUCAAAAGACGCACACGGGAGAGAAACCUUUUCAAUGUAAGGAAUGUGGGAAGUUCUUUUCUCAAAAAUCACACCUCACAGUCCAUCAGAGAACACACACAGGGGAGAAACCUUAUAAAUGUAAGGAGUGCGGGAAACUGUUCUCUAGGAAUUCACACCUUAAAACCCAUCAGAGAACUCACACCGGGGAGAAACCCUAUAAAUGUAAGGAGUGCGGAAACUGCUUCUACCAGAAGUCAGCCCUCACUGUGCACCAGCGAACUCACACCGGGGAGAAACCUUUUGAAUGUAGUAAGUGUGGGAAACAUUUUUACUAUAAAUCAGAUCUCACCAAACACGAGAGAAAGCAUACAGGGGAGAAGCCGUAUGAAUGUGCAGAGUGUGGCAAAUCUUUCUCUGUGAACUCAGUCCUUAGAUUACACGAAAGGACUCACACAGGAGAGAAGCCAUAUGAGUGUGAGAUCUGUGGGAAGUCCUUCUCUCAGAAGUCACAUUUUGUCAUCCAUCAGAGAAAGCACACAGGGGAGAAGCCCUACGAGUGUCAGGAGUGUGGGGAAGGCUUUAUCCAGAAGUCACAACUCACAUCACAUCAGAAGACACACUCCAAGAAGGGAAAAGCUAGCAAAUAGUGUGAGUUCAGAACCCCCGCAGGAGUUCACCCUUUGACUGUAACCCACACAGAAGGAGAACCUUCUAAAUAUGGAGGAAAUGAUAUCAGCCAUGGUUUUUUUUCAGAGAAUUAUCAACAAAUGUGCAGAAAGAAAUUCUUCCAUGUUAUUAGGUAGACCUUUACAAUAGGGUCAACUUUCAUAAAUAUCAGGUGGCAGAGACUGCAAACUACAAAAUGUGAAUGAAACUUUUUCUUUAGAAGUCACACUGAUGCCAUAUAGAAAUAACAUGGGGCAGAAAUCCAGUAAGUAAGUGAAUUUCCAGAAGUUUCCAUCAGCAUCUAGCACUAUACAUGCAGAGUCCACAGUGAGGAACUCUCGUGGGUAUCUGGCACUCAGAAGUCUCCUCAUAUGGUUGCACUCAUCUUAAAAAGAUGAAGGGGAACUCGUGCAACAGAUAUAAGAGCCUUAUCGAGAAUAUGCCCAUCAAGGAAUGUUAAUUGUGUGAAUACUUUAAUUGUUCCUAUAUGUUAUUUUAAAUAUCUGAAACACCUUCAACAAAAAUUUAAAACAAUUUACCCCGAAGGCAGUGGUCACAUUCCAAGUCUUGCUUCCAGUUCCAAGGUUAUUUUUACUUCCUAAGGAAACAUAUAAUAUAAACAGAAACCAACUAAUAUCGCAUAUGUCAAAGGUAUUUAAAGAGCGAAACACAGGGACUGGAGAGAUGGCUCAGUGGUUAAGAGCUCUGAUUGCUCUUCCAGAGGUCCUGAGUUCAAUUCCCAGUAACCACAUGGUGGCUCACAACCAUCUGUUAUGGGAUUUGAUGUCUUCUUCUGGUGUAUCUGAAGAGAGUAACAGUGCACUCACAUACAUAAAAUAAAUACGUAAAUCUUUUUUUUAAAGAGCAAAAAACAAUCAAGAAACAUAAUUAAACAAAGUCUUGAUAUGUAGAUGUAGGUGUGUGUGUGUGAUUAUCUAUAAAAGUAAUUUCUAAGUGUGUGACUUGCUGGUGGAACCCAUGGUGGUUGGUCCUGAACUCAGUAGCUGGGUAAGGACACAUGUCACAUUGUAUCAACAGUGAUUCCUACCUGCGGCAUUGCUCCUGUAACAUAUAUUGGUGUACACUUUAAAUGCAUAGUGUGUCUUUUUUUUUGUCCUCUGGGCACUUACAAGUGGGUUCAGACAUUGUUAUUAAAUGGACCCUUCAAAAGAAACACUUUUUGUAACUUUUUCCUCUAUAUAGUGAUGGGCUGAACUUGCAGUUGGACAUGCAUCUGAGCGGUCUGAGCUGUCUCUAAAGGAGCAGUAUUUCUUUAUCUUACUAUAGAUAUGUAGCAGUGGCGUCUGUGUUUGUAUUGUGUAUGAAAAAUACCUCAUGGUUUUCCUUCCUAUUCUGGGUAGCAGAGGCAACAUGACCAGUGGCUGAAAGUGAGAGUCUAGGUUCCUACUGCCUUCUUUGACCCAGAUCCCAGCAUGGACAGAUCAUGUAACUUCACUGUGCCUCUCCCUCUGUCUCUGUAAGAGAAAUGAUAGUAACAUCCUAGAAUUGCCUUGAGGUUGAAAUGUGUUGUUAUUCUGAAGCACUCAGAACAGUGUCUGUAAAACAUAAGAACUCGACAUUAGAUAGUAUUCUCAUUAAUUUGCAUUUCCCGAAUCACACCGUGAAAAGGUUGGCAACCCUGAAUUUAUCUCCCACCUUCUUCCUGUUAGUGCCUUGAUUUGAUUCGGCUGUGUAUCUCCCCACCUUGGCUGUGGAGCAGAGCCUGAGUAGGCAAGGCCAGGGGUUGGUGAACCACAGUCCAUCGGCCAGAUCCACAGCCCAUUUUUGUAGCCUGUAAGCUGAGAUUAGUUUUAUAUGACUCAAUGAUUGCAAAAAUUAAAUAUUUUGUGACACAUGAAGGUUGUACAAAAACAAAAGUCCCAUGUCUGUAACUAAAGCACUUUGAGAACACUAAUACAGACCUGUUUGCUUACAUUCUGCCUGUGCUGUCUUUGCCCUGUGCUAGCAAGGCAGACCACAUGGCUGGCAGAGCCUGAAACAUUGCUGACUCAGCACUUUACCACAUAGGUUUCUGUUAUGUUACCACACAGGAACUGGGCACGCUGCAGCCCGUCCUGAGCCCUUCCAAACGGUCUGUUUACCAAAUGUGAUGCCUCAGUAUAUGCGUGGGUGAAUUCUGUGCAGUAUAUUUAUUUUGUGCAUUGUAUUUAUAUGUGGAAAAAGCCUGAGCUUUGAAGUACUUUUUCCCAAAGAAAUGUGGUUUUUUUUUACUUACUGAAUUGUUAUGCUAAAACAUGUCUCCUGAUAGAAUGUAACAAAAAUAUGAAAUAAACAUUGUCUCAAUUAAAUGGAAUUAAAUUUUCAAUUAAUCUUU